UAUCUUAGUGAAAGGUGGUUCUUUUUUCGUCGGAUCAUUCUGUCAAUUUCAUUUAUCUCUUUGCAGUCUCGUCUCAAUCGUCUGAAAAAAAUCAUUGGUAAUAUUAUUAAAAAAUUCUUGCUCUAAACUAUUAUAAUAAUUAUAACAAAGUAUUACCGGUUAAUGAUGUGGUUAAUUAUAAUAUUUAUUAUCUAUUAUAUUUUUAAAGUUUUGUUUAAUUGGUUUCGUCCACGAAAAUUUCCUCCAGGUCCAUUAGGAUUACCUUUCGUUCAUAAUAUAUUUGAUCUAAAGAAUCUUGUACAAAAAACAGGUUCUCAUGGCAAUGCUUGGUGCCAAUUGGCAAAAGAAUAUGGCUCAGUAGUAGGUCUGAGAUUAGGUUUAGCUGAUCCAUUGAUCAUUGUAUCAGGUCGAGAUGCAGUGAUGGAAGUACUCAGACGAUCUGAAUUUGAUGGACGACCGAAUGAUUUUAUGUUUACUCGUCGAACCAUGGGAAAAAAGCGAGGUAUUUUAUUUACGGAUGGAAAAGUUUGGAAUGACCAAAGAAGAUUUUCUUUGAAAAAUUUAAAAAAUUUCGGUUGGGAAAAACAAACUAUGGAAGAACUCAUUUUAGAGGAUGCAGUUAAUUUGAACAAACUUAUUGAGCAAACAUCUGACAAUGGAUUAGUAAAAAAUUUAAAUGAACUAAUUACAUUAGCUGUCCUCAAUAGUUUAUGGUCAAUGUUAACAGGUGUAAGAUAUAAUAUUGGAAAGCGUCAAACAAAACUUAUCAACAUUGUUGACAUGGUAAACGAUGCAGUUAAAGAAUCUAAUGUAUCCGGUGGUUUGCUGAAUCAUUUUCCAUUUUUAAGAUAUCUAGCACCAAGGUCUUCAGGUUACAAGACAAUAUCAGAAAGAUUCGACAGGAUAUGGUCAUUUUUUUCAGAUGAAAUUACAUCACAUAAAGAGACUCGUCAUGCUGGAUUAUAUAGAAGCUUAAUUGACGUAUACUUAGAACAAAUUGAUGCAGACAAAAAUAAUCCAGAUUCAACAUUUAAUGAUAUGGAACUGAUUGCUGUUCUUAAGGAUUUAUUUUCUGCCGGCAUUGAUACAACGAGAAAUAGUAUUGGAUUUACAAUAGGAUAUUUAACAAUUUAUCCUCAAAUUCAACAUAAAGUUCAUGAGGAAAUUGACAGAAUUAUAGGCAGAGAUAAUUUACCUUCUUUGAACUCACGAAAUUCCAUGCCAUAUUUGAAUGCAACACUUACUGAAGUUUUACGGCUUGCAAACAUUGGACCAACAACUAUCCCUCACCGGGCAACAGUAAAUACUAUUUUAAAAGGCUAUGACAUUAAAAAAAAUUACACUAUAUUACCGAAUCUUAUGAGUGUUCAUAAAGAUAAAGAACAUUGGGGUGAUCCUGAAGUAUUUCGACCUGAAAGGUUUAUUGAUGAAAAUGGAGCAUUUAUUAAUGAUUCAUGGAUUAUACCUUUUGGAGUAGGGCGACGAAAAUGUCUAGGAGAAGGAUUAGCAAAAAGCAGUCAUUUUCUUUUUGUUGCCUGUUUAUUGCAGAGAUUUAAAUUUAUUUUGCCUCCAGGGCAAGAAAGACCUGUCAUGACUGGUAUCGAUGGAUUCACACUUUCUCCUCCUGUUUUCGAUAUAUUAAUUUAUCCCAGAUGAUUAUUGUCAGUUAUUUGUUUUAUUUUUAAUAUUU